CACAAUGAAGGGCCAUUAGCGCACACCAACACCCAUGGAAACGUCGUGCGUCUGGCAGCGUGAGGCGGCCACCCAAGGGUCCGCCCAGGGAAGUGCUGCCAGUGUCUCUUCAGCCAGUGUAUCAUGCGAGUGGGAAACGGUAACCUUUGACCUUUAAACAGUGACGUCAUCAUUUCGGGAUUGUAACAGGUGUUCUACUGGUGUGUGGCGUGUGAGCAGUGAAGACCAGUGAAGACUCCAGCACCUCACCUUGUCACAGUAGAUCCGCACCUACAGGAGUAUUCCCCCACCACCCUCCCUCCUUCAGUCGUCAGUGUUCCGUCUCUCAAUACCCAUCAUUAUCAUCAACAACAUGACUACUACCACCACCACCACCUCGUCAGUGUAAACAAUAAACCCUCCAAGCCAAGGAAUCGAUCCCAUCAGUUUUCAAUUUGUCAAAAAGAAGAGAAAAACACAAACACCAAGAACCAACAAAUAAAUCCGAUUUGUUUUCAACUCUUCUCUUCCCCUCAAUAAAAAAGAAGAGAAUCUAUAGAUCAAAAGUACAGUCGUGUGUGUCUGUGUGUUUGUACAUAUAUAUAUUUUUUUUGAGGGGGGUGUAUUUUGGACAGGUGUUUUUGUUAUAUAAUGAAUUGUUUUUAUUAAUCAUAAGCAGGCAUUAAGGUGAUGGAGUUUGGUGAGAGUGAGUCGGAUAUUCUGGAAGUCUCGGUCAUUUGUCUUUAGAAUUCACUUGUUAAUUUUUGUUAAAAGAUGAAUACCGCCACUUUGGACACUUUGGAAAUGGUGGCAUAAAGGCUGUGGGGGGGAAUAUGGCGGAGUGUUGUGAAAAGUAGUGUAAGUUAAAGGUGAAGGGAGACGCCAGAUGUUUACUCGGCCAGGUGGUAACUCGUCAACAAUAUAUUCCUCCUCUCCUUACCUUGAUAUGACCUGAAAUGACCUGGAGACGACCCAAAGUGUUCCUCCCAGUGAAUAAGAUUAUGCUGAACUGGACACUCCUCUUCCAGCUGGAUUCUUCGCUGUCAUGAGGCGUCUUCUCGUCCUCCUCUUUCCCACGUUUAUUCUCUUGUCCUAUACCGCUGCUUCUGUCGUCGGAGGCAGAAGUGGAGGAGGAAGAAGUCGCCCCGACGACCUCCAAGAUGAUGGGUCUCAGAGGACGCAGACGGCGACGACGCACUUGGGAGCAAGACUGCCACACCAGACCUCCUCCCUCCCGACCAUCAAGCCACCACGACCCCCUCACAAGACCUCCGUCGUCGACCUAACCAGUGACUUCCCUACCGUCGCCUCCUCCGUCUCCACAUACGCCAACACCACCACCAGGCGCCUCUUCUUCCCCACGGCGAGAAAGGAAACCUCAACCACGACCCCCAGUAUCUCCUCCUCUCCUGCCAAUGAGACACGCCCUUCAGAAGACCCACAUCGGACCCCCGGCAAACCAGAUGUCCCAGAGAUACUCCCCAACACCACUACCACCACCAGCACCACCACCACCACCACCACCGUCGCCCCACCACCCAAGACUACCACCCCAGUGUACCGCCUCGGGGCCGUCUUUGAGCCGGAACACAUCCAAAGCCUCUCUUCGAUCUUCUUCCAGUCACUUCAGGAACAGAACCGCCUCAUCGGUGGCGCCUACCGCUUGGAGGGCGUCGCUGUAGAGACGCCCGCGCUCACCCUCAACGCUCUUAAGGGUGCUUGCGAGACCCUCAAGUUCGAAGGCGUGAGUGUGGGCGUGGCGGUGGGCGUGACACAGAGUAUCUACGCCUCGGGCACCCUGGCAUCCCUGGCCGGAGUGCCGCUCAUCGCCAGGUCCGUCAAGGGCUACGUCGACGAGACUCUCAAGUUCCGUAUCGAGGUUGAUAAUGGAAAUUGA